GUACCUAUGACGUCACAAGUCACUCUCAGCUAGCUGAUGUCGCUGCAGCUGUCAACUGCUCAGAUAUUGUGAAUAAAAUCACUUGGUUGCAGAAGACAGGACUGUUGUCUGCCGUGUUGCUGGGGGAAAGGAUGCCGUCCCUAUCGGAGCAGCUGCGGGAGGCACGCAGUCAGGCUGAGGUGUGUCUCUACUCGGGCAGCCGUGUGGUGGAGGUGCGGGCCGGGGUGAUGGCGAUGGCUCAUCUGCCUUUACCGCCCUGCUCCAAAUAUCACCACAUUGCUGCAGAGACCAUGGUGAUGGAAAACAGCUUUGGCAGCAACAGGAAGGAGACACUUGCAUCUCUGCAGUGCUUAUCUACAGCAUUGAAUAUCCUGGAAAAGUAUGGCUGUAACCUUACAAAUCCCAACAGACCCAAAUAUUGGAGAACCGUCAAACACAACAAUCCGGUGUUUCGUGCCACCGUUGAUGCUAUUCAGGGAGGAAGGGCGGUGCUUUGUCUCUACGGUUACUCCAAUCAGCAGCCAGAUGGACUCAGCUUCCCCGAUGAUGUCACAGAUCCUGAUGUCGGCAGAGUUGCUGCAGUCACUCUGGAGGUGAUGAGCCUCAGGAUGGAGCUAGACAUGCUCAUCAAGGAGACUCAUCCCCAUCCGGAAUUCUAUGAGAGAAUCAUUCCUACGCUGAGACACAAGGAAGUGGGCCUGAACACGGAUGCUGUGGUCAGCCGUUCAUUCGUCAGCUGCACUAAACGCCAUUCAGACAGUCAAACCAAGUCACUGGCGUUCCCGCUCCAGCAUUGUUCCAUGAAGGAAAGCAGCCACGCUCGCUCUCUCUCCAACCAUCAGAGUCUCAAGCCCAUUCAGGCUGUGCUGCCCCCCUUCAAGAAUCACCCAGAGAACUGCACCAUCUGUGGAAUAUUUCGCAUUACUGUCCACUGCCUGACCUGCCUCCAAGGGCUGUGUGCCGAGUGCGACCGACUCUACCAUUCCUACCCCGAGAGGUCCAAGCACCGUCGAACGGCUGUCACGUCCUCCUCCUCAUCAUCUUCCAAAGGUGGCAAUAGUAAAAGCUCUUCCACCUGGCGUUGCCUUCACUGCACGAACGUCAACUCCUCCCAGGAUGUGCUCUGUGAGGAAUGUGAGUGCCCUCGCUGUGAAUCACUCGGCUCUGCAGCCGAUGAAUAUCAGCCAGCGACCAUCACAGAGUGGCAGUGUAAGAGCUGCACUGUGGUCAAUGCAGCAAGCAGUGUUCUUUGUGAGGUGUGUGAAAGACCUCGUUUGGCAACACGACCUCCGGUGACCCCUUCACACCCACCAGUCACACCGCCCAGACCGCCUGCGCCUGUACUGGGCAUGCCCGGGGACCCUGACAGCCAGUGGGUGUGUCAGUUCUGCACAUACCUGAACUACUCACCUGCUACCGUGUGUGAGAUGUGUGACUUGGCCCGCCCGGAGCCCGCACCCCUGCCAGCGAAGCUCCGCCCUCCUUACCCAGUCAGACGCGUCCCUGCUCUGCCCGUCAAGCCCAAAGAGUCGGCCCAAGAAGACCUGAACUCCUGUAGGCAGAGGUGGCUGAAGGAGGAGGGGCUAAAGCUCAUUCAGCUGAUUAGGGAUGGAGAGAAAAAUGGCAUCAGUCCAGAGGAGGUGUAUACCUGCGUGAAGGUAGCUGGAGAUAGAAGCAUUCUUCCGUGUAGAUGGAUGAAGUCAGAGCUUCCUCUGCAAUUGGACAAGAUCAUCACAUUGGCAGCAACGUUGUCACAUCAGUCUAACAUCUUCUUUGAAGACCCCGCUGAAGCUUCAGGAAAAGUGACUAAUUCCAAAAGCAGAUGUGUGCUCCAACUGUCCAGAGCAGAAGCUAAGCUCGCCUGGCUGACAGCAGGGGGCAAUACAGAGAGAGCUGCUCGACAAGCUCUGCAAGACAGACUAGCCAAGGUAGAAAUGCUGUGCUCACUGGGCUUCAGUGAUGAGGCUCAUUGUCAUGAAGUCCUGAGUCAAAGCGCUGGAGAUGUGAGAGGAGCACUGGCUUUGCUACAGCGUCCCAUGUUGGAACCCUUUCAUGAACGUAUUUGGAGCGACAAACCUGAGCCGGCCGUCGACAUUCGUCACCCUGACAAACAGCGUACAUGUCGGAGGUUACUAGCAGUUUACGAUCUUCCAAGCUGGGGCCGCUGUGAGCUGGCACUAUCUCUGCUUCUGGAACACAAUGCCCCUUACUCCUUGGAUGAUGUAGUACAGGCCGUACGGGAGUCUCAUGACAGGGAGUUCAUCAAAAGAGUCCUGGCCAAAGAAUGCCCCAUCUGCCUCUCUGUCUUCCCCCACAGCAAGAUGCAGUCCCUGACAUCUUGCCAGUGUUCUGUGUGUUGUGGUUGUUUCCAACAGCACUUUACCAUCGCUGUAAGGGACAAACAUAUCAGAGACAUGGUAUGUCCAGUCUGCUGGGAGCCUGACAUCAAUGACCCCGAACACCUCAACAGCUACUUCUCCACCCUGGACAUCCAGCUGAGGGAAUGUCUGGAGCCAGAAGUUUAUGAGCUCUUCCAUAAGAAGCUGACAGAGCAGGCUCUUAUCAAGGACCCCAAGUUCCUGUGGUGCUGCCAUUGUUCGUAUGGGUUCAUCUAUGAUGGAGACCAACUUAAAGUCACCUGUUUUCAGUGUCGCAACAGUUUCUGUGCCCAGUGUAAAAAGCCUUGGGAAUCUCAGCAUGCAGGUUUAUCCUGUGAACAAUACCAGUCCUGGAAGAGAGAGAACGAUCCAGAGUAUCAGAAACAGGGCCUGGCUGGCUACUUACGAGACAAUGGCAUUACCUGUCCUAACUGUCGCUUCCAGUAUGCGCUGUCCAAAGGGGGCUGCAUGCACUUCUGCUGCUCUCAGUGUCGCUACCAGUUCUGCAGUGGUUGCAACAACCCUUUUCACACGACUUGUGCCGUGGAUGAGUGCACCGUAUCCGGACUACAUGCCCAUCACCCCAGAGACUGUCUCUUCUAUUUGAGAGACUGGGAGCCUUCCAGACUCCAAGCUUUACUGGAGAACAACGGAGUGGCCUUCAAUACCGAUCCCCCUCCUGGAACACAGACAGGGCUUUGUGGGGUGAUCGAGCAGAAGGAUGACGGAGGCCAGCAACCUGACUCGGCUUGCGGUGCACAGACCCAACCAGGACACGCUGGACUCUGCGAGAAGCAUUACAGAGAAUACCUGGUCAGCUUGAUCAACAGCUACUCCAUCGACCCAGCACACUUGUACAGCUCCAAUGAAUUGCUGCUGGCCUGCAGGAGGUACAAGGUAGACGACACCCGCAAGGAUGGAGAGGAUGGAUUCAUUUACUACAGCAGACUCCUAGAGAAACUGAUGGAUGAAGUUCCCUUGGGUGACAAGGUCCCUCGCAAGAAAUAGCUCCAUUACAGUAGAAAUGGCUCAUGGAGGCAACGCUGGCAAAAUAUACAACCCUUGUUGCUACAGUCGAGGAACAAAAGGCAACCUGCUGGUGGGUCAUUCUUCAAUGAAUACAUUUCUUAAACAAAAAAAUAAAGAUAAGUGAAGUGCAAGGAUGCAGAUAUGUUAACACUAAGUAAGUACGUAUCUCCUUAUCUCUUUAAUAGUAGUAGAACAGUUGAAUCCCACUUGAAACCAUUAUGAGCAAUGAAGGGUUGUGUUCACUGACAUCAUGUGAUUUAAGGUAAAUGUCAUUUUUUCAGUGUCAUUUCCAGCAUACUUAAAUGUAGCAAAUUGUAUAUCAGAAACAGGAAGUGAAAAAGGGUCAGCAACAAGGAACAUUCCCAGUGCUAACAUGUGAGUCUACUAUAUUACCGUAUUUUCUGGACUAUAAGUCGCCCCGUAGUAAGUCGCACAAGGCCAAAAAUGCAUAAUUAGGUUGAAAAAAAACAUACAUGAGUCGCACUGGAGUAGAAGUGGUAUUUUUUGCGGGUAAUUUAUUUUCAAAACUACUUGACCAAAACAGACAUUACGUCCUCUUGGAAGGCAAGUUCUAACAAUAAAAGAAUAGAGAACAGGCUGAAUAGGUGUAAGAUAUGCUAACACAAUGCUUAUUCAGCUACAUGAAAAAUAAACAUGAACAGAAAAGGUGUCCAUUGUUUAUGUAACAUAAACACUUUUUUCAUUGAUAAGUCGCUCUGGAGUAUAAGUCGCAGGAACAGCCAACCUAUGAACAAAAGUGCGACUUAUAGUCCGGAAAAUACGGCAUGUCUCUUGAGUGCAAAGGUGACUAUGGGGUGUUACGUCAUGUCCAGGGAUCUCUAAUAAUGUCAGAAACUGUAUUCAGAAGGUCUUAAUCAGGUUUUCUGCACUCUUAAGUACAAAAAUAAUUGAAUAUGACUGAUGGUCAUGUCUUGAACUCAUAAACAAGCUUGCAGUUCUUCUUUUUAGCACUGUUGCUAGCCAAAGACCAGACGUUUACCGACUAUACACCUUAAACACCUGACUACAUGUGGGAAAUUGAUAUGUUUCUGAAUGAAGAUGUGAUUAGGAAUGCAGGUACUGUUGCAGCCCUACUUCUUACUAUGAUAAGCUUAUGAUUACCCUAAUACAGUAUAAUGGUAGGGGGAGCACUAAUAAGGUACUGCAGGAUGAAGUAGCAGACAUAGUGAGCAGCAAAGCCUUGGUGGUGAUUCUUUUUAAUGCCAUGGUCACAAUAUGAUUUGGUGCACGCUGCCUCGAGCAAUUUGUUGUCGAAAUGUGAAACAAGAUAUUGUACUAUUGCAUGCAGGUGCAUGUUUAUCUUUGUGCAUAUUUGAUGAGAAUGGAUUUACAAACAUACAGUAAUUCAUUGCUGAUUUAUGGCUCACGUGAAUUGGCAUUUUUGGCCUCCUAAUCUUCCGGAUACUCUUACAGCAGUUAGCAUUUUUCACACAGGUACUCUUUGUUGGGACCAGAUAUGAAAUGGUUGUUUCUCUUAUUGUGUUAUUUCAUGUUGGAGUGAAAAUCAUCUC